AUGCCUGGUGGAGGUGCAUCAGGUGGACAAGCUGGAUGGGGUCACAUGUCACCACAACAGAUGCGUAAUCCAUGGCAAGAUCCAAACGCACUCGCACAAGGCGUAAAUGAUGCUCUGGGAAUCGGCGCAACUCCUGGUGGUCAAGCGAGUUGGGGUGCGCCAAUGGGAGCGGCACCAGGCGACUUCGGUGAGGCCGCGAAAAUCUGGUCCGACCCUCACGUAGAUCAACAGCAACAACAGUUUAACCCCAUGCACGGACAUCAUCGAGGUAUGAACGGUAUGAUGGAUCCACAAGGUGGUAGCGAUUGGAUGGGUGCAACUCCAGGCUUGAAUCAGAUGCCAUUAUGGAGCGAUUUACAGAAGCAAGAACAUGAUGGGUAUUGGAAACAUCAGCAACAAGCUGGAGGAUGGGGUGGACCACCGAGUGGUAUGGGUGCUUGGCCUCCUCGUCAGAUUCAUCCUAAUGCUCCACCACCGCAACAUGGCGGGCAUGGACAACCACCGCGAAUGUUUGUGCAACGACCUCCACAAGUAUGGGCGCCAAAUGGCGGUAUGAUGGGUGGGCCACCUGUUGGGAAGCAGGCUAUGCCAUGGGAUCAGCAACGUCUUACUGGUAUGCCGCGUGGUGGAAUGGGACGAGGUGGUCCGGCUGGUGGUCGCUAUCCUCCUGGCGGCAUGGAUAUGAGUGUUCCUCCUCCCAUUGAUCUACCUCUGAGCGGAAUGUCGGGAAUGCGACAAAUGGCUCCUCCAAAUGCAGCCGGAACGUGGAAACCUGAAAUCGGAGUCGCUCCGAAUGGGAUCCGAGGGCCAGCAGCAUUUGGUCAAAUGGCUGCUCCUUUGAUAAUGUCUGGUAAGCCUCAAGCUGCCCCAAGUCAGUUUCCAAUUGGUGGCGUUGACGAUUUGAUGUGGCACGAUCCUAAUGGUGAUCUGAAGAAAUGGCAGCGUGACACUGGUGUCUCGUUAUGGGGUGACCCUGAGAAGAAUAAUGAACGUCCGGUGCGCUUGUGGAUGAUCGGUGAAGGAGAAGAAGAGGAUCUUGAAGUAGCAUUGAUGAAAUGUCCGGUGCCGCAGAAGAAGGUGGAUGGAAGUAAUGAGGAUGGCUCAGCACGAUUGCCGUUUCCGAUCCCGUCCAAACGUCCCAUAGUUGUCACCGGCUGGGGUGAACUGCCAGAGAACGAUCCCAACAAUCCAAUAAAGCAUGAUGAAGCUCAACCGGGUUCUGGUAAAUGGGGUGAUCUGCCGUCACAUUCACAACAUGCUACUGACUCGCCAUGGUUCUUGCCUUCUCAGCAACAGCCUCAACCAUUUGCCCCUGAAGCUCCCGCAUGGGGCCAGCCAAAUACAGCUGCAGCCCCAAUGCCACCUGGUCCCUCGCAGCCCCAUACUCAAGCCGUUGCUGAUCAGUUGAAGUAUGCGGUUGAUAAGGGUUACCUUGAUAUGUCAGUGCUGCAACAAAUGAAUUUACCACCUCAUGUGCUCCAACACAUGAAUAAAAUGCUUGCCUUGAUCCCUGCUUUGGAAUGCUGUGAAGCCGAGCUUAAAAUGCUUGUAGAUAGUGUACGACCAGACGGUGAAGUCGACGGUAAUAGUCCGCAAAGAUGGAUGAAUGAUGUACAAAAGGUAGAGUAUAACCGCUUAAUCAUCGAAGUGACGACAGUGAAAAUCGAAGUGGCAGAGCUGUCGAAGAAGAUUCAACGCGGUUUGGCCGACGCUGGUAUGUCGAGCGGCAGCGCCACAGUCGAAGGGCUCGGCUCUGAUGCCUACCACUACUCAUUUCUCGAGUAG